AUGGUAGAAUGCGUUCACACCAUCCUAACAGCGAGUUCUGGGUCGUUCAGCAGUCCAGGUUUUCCAAUGCUAUACAGAAAUAACAUUGAUUGCAAGUACACCAUUGUUACUUCUCCGGACCGUGUCAUAAUAAUAAUAUUUCACACCUUACAACUGGAGCUAGAUCCUGAAUGCAGCCACGAUUACGUAGAGCUGAUAAAUUACCCAGAGAGUUCUGGCGAGCGGCUGUGUAACCAGAUUGGAACUACCAGUGAAAUAUGGACAUCAACUUCGAAUCAAGUGGUCAUCAACUUCCACAGUGAUGGCAGCUGGGUUAAUACUGGAUUCAAUGCAACAUAUAGUACAAUCAUAAAAGCCAGUAAUCCCACAGAGGCACCUCAGACAACUGUUGUACCGUGUCAUCUGAAGAAACUAUCGGGUAAUUUUGAUGUGUUGAUCAGUCCAGGUUUCCCGGAAGAAUACCCGAGUAACCAUUAUUGUCAGACACUGAUCACAGUAUCAGAGAAGCAUAAAGUAGUUAUAACAUUA